GAGAAAUAACAGCCCGUAUUAAUUUUACUUUCACAUGUAAAACUUUCUUCGCGCUGUUAUUAUUGCAGGCGAUGACUUCAUAGCAAUUGCAAAUUAGAUUGUCCGCAAUUUUUGGGCAAUAACAAUAAUUGCGGCUUAUUUAAACAAACUCAACACGCCGAAAGGUUAGGAUCGCUUGUGUUUUAGUCGAAAUUAUUAGUAUGGCGAAGUAUCCAAAAAUUUAUUCACGAUAUUCCAAAAUAAUUAUAAAACGCCGGAGGCCACUUUAAUUUAAAUCUUUUCAAACAGAUGACGCAAAUAAUCACCAGAUAUUUCGAAGAGUUAGGUUAUGUUGCUUUUUAUUUACAAUAUGUUGUUUAGAAAUUACCGGUUUAUAUUUAUAUGAGUGCAACGGCUUUUUAUCAAGCGUUAACGCAAACAACGAUAAUUACCCCUGAAAUUUCUUAAACUUAAAAUCAAGGUUAAUUAAUAAUUAUUAUUAUAAGUGUCCGCCCGAGCUUUAAUAAAGGAUGGGUAGAAAUUUAAGAACCACAUACCAUUUCGAUAUGGAUCCACCAAUGAUUGCUCGUGCAAGCAUUCACAGCGUUCCUUUUUAUUGUGGAAUUUGUGCAAUUCUGGCAUUAUGCUCGCUUUAUGGGUUCGUGUAUUUGAUAGAUGAUGCGCUACCCACCCCCUUAAUGGUCAACGAUGAGCGUUCAAACCCUGGUGCUUUCAUCGCCGAACGUGCGAUUUGGACCCUGAAAAACUUGACUGACAUGGGCCCGCGUAUCACUGGGAGCCACAUAAACGAAUAUUUAGCUGUAGAAUAUCUCAAGAGUCAAAUAAAUUUGAUUAUUGAACAAGCUAAUGAGUCCCAAAUGUUGAAGCUGGAUGUUCAGUUAGUUAGCGGCGCUUACUAUUUAGAUGCUCAUGCCUCUGGGGCAAUAAAUUCGUAUCAUGAUGUGCAGAAUGUCAUUGUAAAAUUGCAUGGGCGAGAUGUAACACAACACAGCAUUUUGGUCAACUCCCAUUUUGAUUCAGUGCCCACUAGCCCUGGCGGCAGCGAUGACGGCAUCAACGUAGCAGCGAUGCUAGAAAUUCUUAGGGUACUGUCAACCUCUUCCUCGAAGCCGUCGAACAACGUAAUCUUUCUGUUCAAUGGAGCCGAGGAGACGCCUCUUCAAGCCGCCCACGGCUUCAUUACCCAGCACAAAUGGGCAAAACAUUGCAAAGCGGUAAUCAACCUGGAAGCCGCCGGCGCCGGCGGCAAAAUUAUCUUGUUCCAGACGGGACCCGAGACACCGUGGCUCACAAAAUAUUACGCCAUGGUACCCUACCCAUACGGCCAGGUUGCCGGCGAGGAGAUUUUUCAAAGCGGCAUAAUACCGAGCGAUACGGAUUUUCGAAUUUUUAGGGACUUUGGCGGUCUUGUAGGUUUGGAUAUGGCGUUUUUCAAAAACGGUUACCGUUACCAUACCAAAUACGACGAUUUCUCCCAUAUACCUCACGGUUCGUAUCAACACGUGGGCGCCAAUGCUCUGUCUCUGGUCAAAAACUUGGCCGAUGCCCCAGAGUUGUCGCAAUCUGCGCCGGGAAAGGCCGUCUAUUUCGAUAUCUUCACCUGGUUUCUAGUUUCGUACACCAAUAGCGCUGGGGUAAUUAUCAACGUGGCGAUAGUAGUGCUGUCAGUGGGCGUGUUCGUCUACAGUAUACGUAGUAUUCACUUCGGCUUGACAAAAUCUACGUGUAAAUACAUAGGACUGGUGUUAGGCGCUACGAUUCUAAGCUGGCUGGUCGCAGGCACAUCCGUUUUGAUUAUAGCUCUAGUUCUAGACCUCGCUGCAAAAACCAUGAGUUGGUACGGGAACCCGUGGUUAAUAUUCGGCCUGUACGUGGUCCCGACGCUCGCCCUAUCCGGAUGUUUACUGUUCUUUACGAACCACGAGAACCUAUCUUUAAAUAUAAGGUGCCAAAUUCAGGCUCACGCGGUAAGACUGAUAUGGACCGUUAUUUUAUUUUCCAUGGUGUGUUUCAACGUGCGUUCGGCAUACGCCCUUAUGGUGCCUGUUUUGUUCAACUCGCUCGGCUUUGUCGUGAUCUACUGCUGCCGGUGGCAGUACACCGUUACAAAAUGGCGCUUGGCAUACUUGGUGAGCCUGCUAGUACCAACCAUGUUGCUCAUGUAUCAAGCGUCCACCACCCUUGCACUUUUUAUACCAAUCACUGGCAGAAUGGGCAGCAACAGGAACCCAGAAUUGAUAACGAUAUUGACGAACUCGCUGCGACACGCAAAAUAUUAUUUUAUCAUCUUGGCAGCGACUUUCGCCAUAUUUUUUAUUGUCGUCUUCACGCCUCUAGGAUUUCCUUACAGCGGAGAUAGCGAUUGGCCCAGACCGCAGAGACAUUGGAUACUUCAUACUUCGCGUCGCUUUCAUAAUGAAUCCGGCGACAUUGUCGAUAGCGAUGCCGGAUAUUUUUUCCUAAACUUGGAUAGAAAUUCUCCUGGCGUCCUCACAAAUUACGUUAAAGAACUAAGCGAAGCUCAGUCCGUUGCCAAGAGGUGCGACCAAUAUAUAAUGUGCGGUUUGCCUCUGGGCCACGCAAAAAUGAUGGAGAUCAUGCAGUACAGCACUUGGAUUCCUUCGGCACAACCUAAUUUAGCCGUUCCCAUGGAGUUUAGUUUCGAGAAAGAGAUCCUAACCUCAACGAAAAUACGUUAUAACCUCACAAUUUCCGGUCCAGAUCGGUUUACUUUGUACUUAGCGCCCAAAGAAAGUGUCACGGUGACAAAUUUGAGUCUCGUCGAUGAAGUAAAGCCUUCGGCGGCGACUUUCAAACACAGGCCGGUAUAUUUUGUUUUAUACCAACGUGGCAAGGGGGGCAAUAACUUUUCUUUCACCCUCGAUGUGGAGGUUCCGGGAAAUUGGAAUGGGACAGCUAUGGAUAUAGCGGUGACCUGUCGCUACGUGCACGAAGACACAAUGAAUAGAACCCCAGAGUUUAAAACUUUUCUUAGUCAAUUUCCUGAAUGGGCAGAUUUGACAGCAUGGGUCGCUGCAUAUUACACUUACAUUAUUUAAUGUGUAUUACGUUAUUUGGUACUGAUGUAAUUUUUUUUUUUAUUAAGGAACAAAGGACUGAAGAUUUGAACUCAUAUGAAUUCGCGGUGGUGACUGAUAUAUACCCUAGUGUUGAAUUUUACUAAAUUUUUUAAUGAAA